AUGACCAGUUCGAGAUCUGCUGGUGUCGGUCGUUGCGGCCGUAGGGGCUGCAACGACGUCGAAUUGCUGGCGAAGGGGGCCCAGAGGGAGAGGGCGGACAACAGCGAAGGGGAAGUAGUUGUAGGCACCGACGAUGAGGAAGUAGUCGUAGGCAGCGAUGGAGGCGCAAUGACCGGUUCGAGAUUUGCUAGUGUCGGUCGUCGCGGCUGUAGGGGCUGCAACGGCAUCGAUUGCCGGCGAGGGGGCUCGGAGCGAGGGGGCGGACAGCAGAGGCGGAGGAGCAAUAGCCGUGGCGGGUGGUGGCCGGCGCGAGGGGGCAGACAACAGCGGCGGAGGAGCAGCGGUGGCAAUGUCGACGCUCGGGGAGGAUCGAAAUGGCGAUAG